UUAAUUUUAAUAAGGCUACUGAAUCUUCUUUAUAUUUUAUGAAACUACGCGUGAUUUUGUCUUCGUUAUUAGACUUUUAGACAUUCAAGGAAUGGAUAAUAGCAAUAAAAUUGUGCCUCCCCAUCUCAAUGCUGAGGUGUACAGGACAGACACCACCGGUACUGAUACUGUCUCGUAUUUGGAUUAUAUUCACCUCCAUUCAGAUGGCAGUGCACUAAUAGGUUGCUCAGAACUCACUGGGCGGUAUUGGAAUGGUGGAGCCAGUGUCUUCCGUGAUGUCACAGAAGCACAAAAAGGUUUAAAAGAAGCUAAGAAGAAUUUUUAUCUUACUAGUGGAACCCCUGAUGGAUGUUUUGUGGUUGAUUCUACUAAGUUGUUACUCUGUGAAGACAGUGGUGCUCUAAGUGUUUGGGCAACAAAUGAUGAUGUCUGGAAAACAUGGAGUGAACUAAUAACUGUUGCUGAACAUGAUGACGCAGCUUUAGCAGUUGAUUGUUUAGAUAGUGGGAAGGAGUAUGUGACUGUUGGUGCUGAUGGCAAUAUAAAGAUUUGGGACAUACACGAAAUGAUUUGCUUGAGGAAUUACAACGCAGCUCACAACAGGGCAAUCUGUGGAGUAGCCGUGAGGCCUAAUUCAGCCACAAGUUUUGCUACUGCAUCAUUGGACCAAUAUGUUACUUUGUGGGAUGACAAUAUUGUUAAACCAGUGCUAGAUCUAGUAACGAAUGACUGCGGCGUGCGCUGUCUAAAAUGGGUAACUGAAAAUAGUGUUGUAUAUGGCGAUGAAGCAGGCGUGUUAAGACUAGUCGAUGUUAGAAAUACAGGGGAUGCACAUACUCUGGCUGAAUAUCCUGCAGCCGUCCAUCGACUCGCCGUCCAAUCUGAGUCUCAAAACAUAGCAGUAUGUUGUGAUAACAAGGCCGUAACAGUGUGCAACAUUAGCGACAUUAGCAAGCCAAAGACAAUGUAUCAGGACAAAGUAACCCACCAAAAUUAUGUCAGAUGUGCUGCUUGGGAUUUGAAAGAAACAAAUGUCUUACACACUGUAGGAUGGGAUGGUGAACUCAAAACUCACAAUUUAUCAUAAGUUCUUAAAUUGUAGUUUAUGUGUAAGGAUAAUUAUUUUGAAAUGUGAUUUUUUAUGUUGAUCGAACCCGUCGAAAUAUAGAUAUCCAAUUUAUAAAAAAAUAUUCUUU